AUGUGUGAAAUAGGACACCCACAUAAGCCCCCACCACACUGGCAUGGCCCACGGAGCUGGAAGCUGUCUAUAGUGCUGAACACGCUCCACGUCACCAAUGUGACUCUGGUCCGGAAUGGAGCCAUGUUUUCAGGGAGGCCAUCUAUGCCUGUUCUGGACUGGAUCAUCUACAGAGGAGGGAUUUUGAUGUCUACAGGGGAAAGUUGGCGUCACAGGAAGUGUGCCUUUCUCACUCUUAAGGCCUUCAGUCUGGGCAAGAAAUCUCUGGAUCAUCGGGUCACAGAGGAGGCCCACUACCUUAUACAGGUGCUACAGAAGGAGGGCGAGAAUCCAUUUGACACACAACACGUGAUCGUGAAGGCCGUGUCCAACAUAAUUUGCUUAGUGGUGUUCGGAGACUGCUAUGAGUACAAGGACAGUUUCCACAGCCUCCUGGACAUGCGCAAUUAAAAUCUCUUCCUGACUGGAUCUGCUCUCGGCCAGAUCUUUAAUCUGUUCCCGUUUAUGAAACAUUUCCCGGGGCCUCACCAGAGGAUCCAAAGGAAUGUGUCAGAGCUGAAAGGCUUCAUAUCGGAGGUGGCCAGGCAGCACUGGAAAACCCUAGACAGGGACAACCUCUGAUACUUCAUAGACUCUUACCUGAUGGAGAGACAGGACUCGAGUCCGGACUCAGCGUACUUUGAGGAGAACAUGCUGUUGUCGGUGGCUGAUCUCUUCCUGGCCGGGACUGACACCACCUUCACCACCAUCAGAUGGGGACUCAUCAACAUGAUGGAGCACCCAUACAUUCAAGAGCAAUGUCAUUAGAUUUUUCAUGUGUUGGGGUUCGACUGCACCCCCUCAAUGGACAACAGGGCAUCCCUUCCCUACGUCUAUGCCACAGUCCAUGAGGUCCAGAGGGGCGGUAACGGCGUUCCACUAGGGGUGGUCCAUGCCGCCAGCUCAAAAGACCACCGGAAGUACCCAGAUACCUUUAACCCUGCUAACUUUCUGGAUGAUAAGGGCCAGUUCUGCAAGCAAGAUUCCUUCCUGGCCUUUUCUCUGGGCCCGUGGGUGUGUCUGGGGGAGUAGCUGGCCAUGGAUCUGUUUGUGUUCUUCACAUCCCUGCUGCAGCGCCUGUGUUUAUCCUGGCCCCCCACACUUCUCCCCCGGACACGGAGGGUUUUCUUCAACCUGAUCCACAAACCCAAACCCUUCACCAUGCUCUGUCACAGCCGAGGCACCAAACACUGA